GGGUCUUCGUGAGGCUAGACCCCAGAGCACGAUCCAUCCCUCCGCAUCGCCAGUAACGAGGCGAGAGUUCCCUCUUAUGAACUGCGUUGAAUGGAUCUGCGCCGCAUGGCCGCGGAAUAUAUAUGUUGCUUCCGGAGGCGGCUGUGGGAGCGACAUAUGUUGAAUUUGUAGAGUCUAACUUGGACCGUUUGAGGGUUGAUGAGCGGCCCGCCUUCGUCUAUUUCAUGCUACCAAGAGCCACGGCGGAUGGCGGCAGACCUGCGCGGCAACCAUGUCGGAAAUGCACAACCACAAUACCGACGGCUUCCAACUUGCGUGUACCAUAUUCUAAGUAGCUCAUACACUAGGUCACAUGGACCAGGCACCAAUUGCGCCUCUAUCAACCCGUCUAUCUUAUCGAACAACUCCGCGCGAACCGUACUCGAACCCCUUCACGAAAUAUAUUCCUAUACAGAGUGUCACCGAGCGACCCCAGCAUCGCAUCCACCAGACCACCCUGUCCCCGACAUCCCCUGCUAUCUCACAUGCAAAUGUUUGUGCGACGAUAAGGCGCAACGCGACGUAGUUCGCAGAUAACAACACUUUUUGGCCGCAUAUGACUUCGGGGAUCGCAAACUCGCUGCCAAUCGACCAGCACUUCCGGCUUGCGCGCCGCUGGGCACAAUUAUCCCGUUCCUUCAAUUGGCUUCAACAAUUUCUGCGAUAAACCCGAAGAACCCGCACCGCCUCUUGAGGUGCGGCACUGUCGAGCCGGCGCCCACCUGGCAGCCCCCAAUCCCGUUAUACUCGAGGAGAAGCAGGGCCAGCCCAUACUGCGCCUGCGCAUAUGCCCAUGACGGCUCUCGACUCUCCCGGCUCUGCCGUGGUGGCUGGCGAAAGCUCAGUUGCCAGCGCGAGUAAACCGCGGAGAGUGAGGACCGGGUGUUUGACAUGCAGAGAACGGCAUCUGAAGUGCGACGAAGGGUUGCCGCAUUGCCUGAACUGCAAGAAGUCUGGGAAAACAUGCAGGCGUGGGAUGAAACUCAACUUCCACUGGAUGGACGUCAGAGACCCAGCAAUUCUCCCUCCGACGGCGGAUUGGUCUGUUCAAUUCCAAGACGAAUCUCGACUCAUUGCAUCCGAAUACAAAGGCGGCCUGGGCCAAUACAGGGCAAUAGAAACAGUCGCAGUCACCCCUUCUCACGAUCCUGUUCCUGAGUUUAAUAUUCCCAUCGAUCCGAAUAUCACUAUGCAUAGCAACCAAAACUCGAUGUUACAACCAGGGGCCCCAGGAUUAUAUCCAGAGAGCAAGGGGGUAUAUCCAGAGAGCAGGGGGAUUGGCAAACAUGGCUACCAGACGCAGGAAGAUAACCGUCACCUUCACCCCCAUACGGGCAAUGAGGUUUCAUAUAUGCCUUCAAUGGCCCCAGCUUCAUAUGGGAAUCCGGAGGCCAUACUCGCACCUCCUGAUGUUGCUAGGGGAUACCUCAGCGAUCCGCAGGAGGUUCUCCUCAUGCAGGUAUUUGUGGAAGAAGUUGGGUUAUGGAUGGACAGUAUGGACAAGAUGAAGCACUUUUCUCGACUAUUGCCUUUCCAUGCUCUACAAGAACCCAUGCUGCUUAAUGCCUUCCUUGCUUGCGGGGCGCGGCAUCUCUCACUUGUCAAUCCCCUGUAUCAUGAAGAUAAGGCACUUACCUAUUACGACACAGCAACCACACUACUAUUACGAGCAUUACAAAACCCAGAUCGAGAUACGGUCGUCUGUGCUACUUCGGCAGUUAUUCUCAACGUCUAUGAAAUAAUGUCUGAGCGUGCAGCUCAACGCAUGAAUCACAUUGCGGGUGCUAGAGCUCUAAUCAAGGAAUGCGGCUGGAAUGCUCGAUCAACUGGUAUUGGUGCGGCUUGCUUUUGGGUCAAUAUCGGCAUGGAGCUGUUGUCAUGCCUACACUUCAACUGGCAAGUGGCAUGGGAACCCGACCUAUGGGGCGUGGAUAUGGACUUUUCACAAGGGCGAGAAGGUGGGAGUGAAGAACUCUGGACACACCGGAUGGUGUAUAUCACGGGAAAGAUUUCAAAUUUCAGGGCCGCAACCCCAAAAUUUCCAGAGGCAACCGCGCAUGAAGAACAAUUGAGGCAGCAAAGGCGGUAUGCUGAGUGGCAAGACCUGAAGAACCUCUGUGACAGCUGGAAUCAAAGUGUUCCAAGAACUAUGCACCCUGUGGGAUUUCUUUUUCCCCAUCAAACCUCAUCCAAGUCACUGUUCCCGGAAGUCUGGCUGCUCAAACGGUCCGCAAUCACCGGCCGACUGUUCUAUCACACUGCAAUGUGUGUCGUAGCACAGAACAAUCCUAUGUUUCCGAUGCCCAAUCCCGAAAUGGCGAGUCUCCUUCACGACCAUGCGCACCAAAUAUGCGGUAUUGUCGCCCACGUCAAGGACAGGGGAGUUGCCUCGAUAGCAUUGCGGUCACUGGCCCUGGCAGGUGAAACUCUCGUACAGCGCGACGAGCAGGAAGAGGUAAUACGCAUAUUUGAGAAGGUGCAGAAGGAGACCGGAUGGAAUGUCACAUACGUGAUGAAAGAACUGCGCGACAAAUGGGGUUGGAUCUCGGAAGAGCAGAUGCUACGGGACCAAAUGACUUUUAACCAAUUUGCUGGGGCGAAUGCAAACAUGUCGACAGCAGGGCAAGGCCUACAGGGUGGGCAGCAGCAGCAACCUCAACAACCACCAAAGAUGAUCGGUGGGAUACUGAACCCAUUGCUCGCCAGGGCAGACUUUUCACUGCCGAAUCAUCCGUAUCAGGCGUAUUAUCAGCCGCCGAGAGUUCAUGAUUUGCAGGGACAGGGUCAAUAUGGCCAGAAUUACUUUUGAGGCAAGCAGGUUGGGGGUGCUGGUGACUGUAUCAUGGAUAAGUAAUGUUCGAAAAACUGUGUCAGGUCGCGAAAGUGGUGUUAUGAUUCAACGAAGUUGUAUUUAGUAUAGCAUCUUGUGUAAAUAGGUUGGCAGGCGUCUGGGAUGGUCGGCAAUGAGCGGGCGUCCACAUUUGGGGGGAAAUAUUUGUUAACUCUGAAGGCUCGGGAUUAUAGAGAGAUGGUGGGCAAUGGUUGGGGAUUGGAGUAUUAUUAUAUUAGGGGGAACAUAAACAUAUGUAGGUGAGGAACAUAUACGAGGUAUUCACUUCACAACUUAAUAUAUUUGACGGGGGGCACCUUCCGCAAACAAUCACAACGAAACCUACCCACC